AUGUCAUCGUACUUCCAACUCACUCCCGACCUUAGCCCUGGCUCGGAGAAAUUACCUGAGGUCCAUGCUGGGUCUUCAGACGAGACUCUCGUGGCUGUGUGUGGUGUUGCCCUUCGAGCUCCUGGCGGGAUUCGGAACACUGCCGACUACUGGGACCUUCUCGUCAAUGGAAAGGACGCCAGGGGUCCGAUCCCACCUUCACGAUACAACAUUGAUGGCUUCGAUGACUCGCUGGGAGGAAGAGGGCCCAUUAAAACCAGAUUUGGAUACUUCCUCGAGGAUGAUAUUUCCCAAAUCGAUACGUCUUUUUUCUCCAUGUCCAGGAAGGAAGUCGAAAGAUGUGAUCCUCAACAGAGACUCCUGCUCGAGGUCACUCGAGAGGCAUUCGAAGAUGCAGGUGAGACCGACUACAGAGGGAAGACGAUCGCGAGCUUCGUGGGAACUUUCGGAGACGAUUUUGCUCAAAUGGCCGGGAAAGAGACACUUCACCCUCAGGGCGGACUUGGCUACGUCACGACGGGGCAUGCCGAAGCAAUCACUGCCGUAUAUCUGAAGCCACUAUCAGCAGCCAUCCGAGACGGCAACGCUAUCCGCGCCGUCAUAAGAGCGACAGGCUCAAACAGUGACGGCAAAGGUCAGGGGAUGAUGGCACCCAAUGGCGAGGCACAAGAAGCACUCAUGCGCAAGGUCUAUGGGGCUUGCGGUCUUGAUCCUGCCGAGACAGCUUUUGUUGAGUGCCACGGUACGGGAACGUUUACAGGAGAUCCAAUCGAGGUAGGUGCCGUUGGCAAUGUCUUUGCUGAAAAGGGCGUGUACGUCGGCUCGGUGAAACCAAACAUGGGCCAUUCCGAAGGCUCCUCCGGCCUCAACAGCUUGAUCAAGUGUGUCCUGGCAUUGGAGCACAAAAUAAUCCCACCAAACAUUAAGUUUAAUACUCCAAACCCAAAAAUUCCAUUUGCCGAGAAGAAGCUCAAGGUACCAAUGGUGCCGACUCCCUUUCCUGAGGAUCGCAAGGAAAGGAUCAGCAUCAACUCUUUCGGCAUUGGCGGUGCCAACGCUCACGUCAUCCUUGAAGCCUAUCACUCUUGCGGGCCAGCCUUGACACUGCCCAACGGCCAUCUCGGCAAUGACCAGGCUGAAGUCUCAAAGCCCGAGCUGCUGCUUGUCUCAGCCAACACGGCACUGUCCCUCAAGGAGCAGAUGAGGCGAAUCCAGGAUCUUGUGGUAUCCGGUUCUGCGCCAGAGAUAUAUGAUCUCGCCUACACCCUCAACGCGAGACGCGAGAAGUUGCCUCACCGUGCGUUCACGGUGGUUCAGGAUGGCGAAAUACUCGAAACAUCAAGUCUGGCCAAGGCACCGGCCAGAACGCAGGACGUGUACCUAAUUUUCAGCGGGCAAGGGGCCCAAUGGGCUGGUAUGGGCAAGGAAUUUGCCAUAUCGGACCCGUCUUUCAGACGGGAUAUCGAAAAAAUGGACGAGGUUCUUCGUCGACUCAAAAACCCGCCUGAGUGGAAUAUUAUGGCUAUCCAGGUCGCCCUCUUCAACAAGCUCUCGUCAGCCGGUGUCAGACCUGCAGCUGUCGUCGGCCACUCGAGCGGUGAGGUCGCAGCCGCAUAUGCCACCGGCGCCAUCUCGUUUGAGGCAGCGAUCAUCGCUGCAUACUACCGUGGCUUUGUCACCAAACAGCAGACGCUAGAGGGGGCUAUGGCGGCUGUUGGGCUGGGGCCACGAGAAGCUUCCGCAUACCUCGUCGACGGCGUGGUGGUUGCUUGCGAAAACAGCCCGACCAGCGUAACAAUAUCGGGUGACAAGGACAAGGUCGUCGAAGUCAUUUCCAAGGUGAAGUCAGAAUGUCCGGAUACGCUGGCCCGGCUAUUGAAGGUCGACAUGGCCUACCAUUCUCACUACAUGGUAGCAAUCGGCGAGGUAUACGCCAAGCUACUUGAAGAGGAGUUCGGGAAGCUGGAUUCCCCAUGGAAGGGCAAUGCAAUUGCAACUCUUGUCUCCAGCGUGACUGGCGAGGCAACAGACCCGACGUUCGUGUUUGGGCCAGGAUACUGGCAGGCAAACCUCGUAUCGCCAGUGCGGUUCUCCACGGCUGUGGCCAAGCUUCUCGACACCCAUCCCGACGGAGUUUUUGUAGAGAUCGGGCCUCACUCCGCCCUAGCCGGUCCUUUGCGCCAGAUCUGCACCCACGCCUCUCGGCCGUGCGAGUACGUGUCGCUUCUCACCCGCGGAGACGACGCUACCAAGACCUACCUGUCGGCAUCCGGCAAACUCUUCCAGCAUGGCGUUGACGUCAACUUCGCAGGCUUCUACCCCGGCGGCAAGGUCCUGACAGGAUUACCGACGUACGCCUGGGAUCACAGCGCAUCAUUUUGGUAUGAAAGCAGGAUCUCUCGCGCCUGGCGAACGAGGAAGUACGCCCACCACGCGCUGCUCGGAGCCAGGGUGCCCGAAUCGCCAGAUACUGCGCCCCAGUGGCGUAAUGUGCUGUACCUGGAGGACGAGCAAUGGAUCGCCGACCACAAAGUCAAGGACGACGUCGUCUUUCCAUUUGCAGGCUACGUCGCCAUGGCUGGUGAAGCUGUCCGGCAGAUGGCCGGCAUCGACGCCGGCUACAGCAUGAGACAUGUCGUGGCUCAUGCCGCCAUGGUCCUCACGCACGAAAAGGGCGUGGAGCUGAUCACGACACUGCGCCGCCAUGCUCUUACCGAUUCCGACGUCUCGGAGUGGUACGAGUUCAGUCUCUCGUCCUACAAUGGCGCUACCUGGACCAAGCAUGCCGAGGGCCAGGUGAAGGCAGUCGACCAGGAGCGCCCGAGUGGCUUGGUCCGGGAGGAGCGCCCCAGGAAGGUCAACAUCUCACGCUUCUACGACUACAUGGCAGACGUAGGUAUUGUGUUUGGCCCCGAGUUCCGUCGGCUGCAGAACGUAAGCUGCUCCACGACAGAGCCUCGCGCCUCCGCAGACCUGACCGCGCCCCCAAGCGAGCAGAGGAAGCCCUACGUGAUGCACCCGGUGGCAAUCGACGCGUGCUUCCAGCUUUGCCUCUUGUCGCAGGCCAGGGGCCUAGGGCGUAACUUCGACCGGCUGCUCAUGCCGACGCUCAUCGAGAGCCUGGAGAUCCGCCGGGGCGGUGACAAGAUGACCGCCGUCGCUUUCGGGGGCUUCGGCGACGAGAAGCCGGGCAUCGAAUGUGCCUCGGACGGAAAACGCACACUGUCGCUGUCUGGCUUCGAGCUGACUCCACUCGAUGAGGGCGAUGAGAUGGAAUACGAUCCUUACGCCGCAGCGCGGCUGGAGUGGCUCCCGGACUUUGACUUCGUCGACGUCGCGCCGCUGUUCAAGGCGCCGCCCACAAACAGAGAGAACCUGCAGCUGAUCGAGCAGCUGACACUCCUGUGCAUUAUCGACAGCGAAGAGAAGCUCCGGGGCCUGGAGCCUGCUGAGCCACAUUUUGAAAAGCUGCGGGCGUUCCUGGGCCGGGAGAUCCAGAAUGCCAGGGACGGCAAAAACCGUCUGGCUCAAGACUCGGCCAGCUUUCUCUCCCUGUCACAGGCAGACCGCGCGUCGAGAAUAGACCAGCUAUAUCAGUCGCUCUCUGGCAAGGCUAGGGCAGGUCUCACCGAAGGUCUCAAGCGGAUCAACGACAACAUCGCGAGCAUCUUCACGGGCAAAAUCGACACGAUCGAUGUCCUCAUGGAGGGCGGUGUACUGGCUGAGCUGUACAACGCCAUGUCUUUCGGAUAUAGUGACUUUGUGCGGCUGCUGUCGAGCACCAAACCAACACUGAGGAUCCUUGAGGUUGGUGCCGGCACAGGCGGUACUACUGAGCUCAUCCUUCGCGACCUGAUGCACGAGGGAGGUCUCCCCCGCUACUCGACCUACACAUUUACCGACGUGUCGGCGGGAUUCUUCCCGCAGGCCAGGGAGCGAUUCGCAUAUGCCCCCAACAUGGACUACAAGGUCUUUGAUAUCUCCAAGGACCCGCUCGGGCAGGAUUUCACCGAGGGUACCUACGACGUGAUCUUUGCGGCAAACGUUGUGCACGCCACAGCGUCUCUCAAGGAGACCUUGGGUAACCUCAACAAGCUUCUCCGACCGGGCGGUGCCCUCGUUCUGACCGAGAUCUGCACCGAGCUCCGCUCACCCACGUAUAUCUUCGGAAACUUUGUUGGCUGGUGGUUGGGUGAGGCUGACGGGCGGCCCUUUGCCCCCUACGUGCCUCCUGCCCGCUGGCAUGACGAGCUUCUCGCGUCAGGAUUCACAGGUGUCGAAAGUGCGGUAUACGACGAGGAAGCACCCUACAUGUGCUGUACCACCAUCUUUUCCAGGCGCCCUGUCGACGUGAAACCGCGAGGGACCAAUGUGUCUCUUCUGACGCUGGAGCCAGCGGGUGAAGUUGCAACAGGCCUCAAGUCCGCGUUGGAAGAAGCCAAAUACAGCGUGGGCGUCUUCAAACUGGGUGAGACCCUGCCGCGAGGCCAAGAUGUCCUUGUCACGGUCGACAUCGAGAAGAACUUCUUCGACAACAUCAACGAACCCGAUUUCUUGAACUUCCGCGAGUUGAUCCGCACGCAAGGCACCAACCAGAACCUUCUCUGGUUGACCAGCCCGGUGCAGAUCAAAUGCAAGGAUCCACGCUCGGCACAAGCUCUCGGGGCGGCCAGGACGGUGCGGACGGAGCUGGCGACUCCUUUCCAUACCCUGGAGAUCAGCAAGAGCGAGCCCGGAUUUGCAGACCUAGUCCUGAAGGUUUUUAAUAAGAUUCGUACCGAAGAGGACGAUGACAACCUUGUGUCGGACAAGGAGUUCGUUGUAGACAAUGGUUUAAUCUGCAUCGGUCGAUACCACCCCUUCUCAUUGACAGAUGAGCUCUCGCUCAAGAGUCUCGAGGGGCAGGAGACGAUCAAGUCACUGCGAGUGGGAAAGCCUGGGGAUAUCGAGUCUUUGUACUGGACAGAGCUCGCGUCACCCGCAGCGAUCCCCGCUGACGAGGUCGAGAUCGAGCCCAAGUCCAUCGGGCUCAACCUCCGCGACAUCCUGAUCGCCAUGGGGGUCAUCCCGCACAACGAGCUCGGGUUCGACGUGGCCGGAGUCAUCACGCGCGUCGGCGCCAACGUCGACGAGUUUAUGCCCGGCGACCGCGUCUUCGCGUUUUGCCCCGAGGGCUGCUUUGGCACGCGCGCCCUGCUCAACCGCUAUCACGUGGCCAAGAUCCCCAAAGGCCUCGACUUCGAGGGCGCCGCGUCGGUGCCUGUCGUGUUUGCCACCACCAUCCAUGGCCUGAUCAACAUCGCCAACCUCAGCAAGGGCCAGAGCGUGCUGAUCCACGCUGCGUGCGGUGGCCUCGGCCUCUCCGCCAUCCAGGUGUGUAAGAUGGUAGGCGCUGAGAUAUAUGCCACCUGCGGCAGUCAGGACAAGGUCGACUUCCUCGUGAGCGAGCAGGGGAUCCCCCGAGACCACAUAUUCUACUCCCGCGACGAGAGCUUCUUCGCGGACGUCAUGGCGGCGACCGACGGCCGCGGCGUCGACAUCGUCAUCAACUCGCUGUCCGGCAGCCUGCUGCAUGCCUCAUGGAGGUGUGUGGCCGAGUUUGGCACCAUGCUCGAGAUCGGCAAGCGCGACAUGCUCGGCCACGGGAAGCUCGACCUCAACCCGUUCCUCGGCAACCGCCGGUUUGUCUGCUUCGAGGGCGUCGAGAUGGCGCGGAAGCGCCCGCAGGAGUUCGGGCGCGUGCUGCACCAGUUCAGCGAUUUCUACGAGAAGGGGCUGCUGGGCCCAAUCGAGCCGCGCAAGCACUACCAGUCGACCGACGUCGUGAGCGCGUUCCGCCACCUGCAACACGGCAGUCACAUCGGCAAGGUUGUUGUCUCCAUGACCGGCGCCGAGGCGCAGCUCAAGGCCGAGCCGUCGGCCAAGGCGCUCGAGUUUGACCCGGACGCUACCUACCUAUUGACAGGUGGCCUCGGCGGCCUGGGAAAGUCCAUGUCGACAUGGAUGAUCGAGCGCGGCGCCCGCUCGCUGACAUUCCUGUCCCGCAGUUCAGGUGUGAGCGAGGACAGCAAGCAGGCUAUCGAGGAGCUGGAGUCGCUGGGCGCGGAGGUCCAUGCCGUGGCGGGUGGCGUCGAGAAUCUCGAGGAUGUCGAGGCUGCCGUGCGUGCGUCAGAGAAGCCAAUCAAGGGCGUCUUCCACCUCGCGAUGGUGCUCCGAGACAGCCCCAUGGUCGACAUGACCUGGUCCCAGUGGGAUGAGGUCAAGAGGGUGAAGAUCGAUGGUGCGUGGAACCUCCACAACACGCUCAAGGACCAGCCCCUCGACUUCUUCUGGCUCGCCAGUUCAGUUGUGACUGUCGUCGACCAGCCGGGGCAGGGGAACUACAGCGCCGCAAGCACUUACAUCGAGGCCUUCGCACAAUACCGCCGCGGACUGGGGCUGCCUGCCUCGGUGCUCAACAUCUGCCCGGUCAAGGGGGUGGGAUUCGUGGCGGACAAUGCACAAGCCAUGCGCAACACCAAGGCUCAGGGCAUAUACUUCCUCGGCGAGAGGGAGUACCUCGACUAUGUCGAGCACACCAUCCUGAGCAACAAGCCAGACCGGAAGGCCGUCGAUAGUGGCGCCCCCUCCAGCCAGCCGCCGCUGGCAUGGAAGGACGACGGCCAGGUAAUCAUGGGCCUGCGCUCUGAGCUGCACCUGGAGGACCCCAACAACCGCUGCAACUGGCGUCGCGACCGCCGCAUGGGAAGCUAUCACAACAUCCGCAGUGGCCAGGCAGGCACCGGCGCAGGCGACGACUCUGGAGCGCUCAAGGCGCUCCUGGCCAGGGCGGCCGAGGAGCCCGAGGUCCUCGCCGACAGGGCCAACAUCGAGUUCCUGGCACACGAGAUCGGCGUCAAGGUGUACGACUUCAUGCUGAAGCCCGGCGAGAACGUGGACACCAGCCUGAGCCUGAAGCAGAUAGGCCUCGACUCUCUGAUGGCCACUGAACUGAGGAGGUGGUUCAGGCAGUUGCUGGGGCUGCAGAUCAGUGUCUUGGAGAUUAUGGGGACGGGUUCUUUGAUCCAGCUGGCCGAGUUGACGUCGACGGCUCUGAAGAACAAGUAUGCCAGCGCCUCGUAG